CCAGUUAGCUUGCAAAGGUUUUGCAAACCUAAAGAAGUGAGAGGGUUUUUUUUCUUAUUAUUAUUUUUUUUUUGUGCUAACACGUCAUAGAAGUUUUCCACAACGCGGAACUGGCUGAGCUUUACCACAGCGCUGUAAAAUCUCAGGAAAAACUGUGGCACAAAGACAUAUAUACUGAUCUAUAACAGCCACAACAAAUGGUUCCCCUGAAGUCAAACCAGACUGAAAUGGAGAUGGCAGCUGAGGGUGGAGAUGCUUCUCGUCUUCCAGAGAUCAGAAGACCCAAAGAAGAAGAAGCAUAUGACAGUGAGAGUGAGACAGACAUGGACGAGGAAGGCAGAGGAGUACGAAUCCCUCUGCAUCGCUGGGUAAUGCACGGGACAGUGAUGUUUGGACGUGAGUUUUGCUAUGCCAUGGAAACCGCUCUGGUAACACCAGUUCUGCUGCAAAUAGGUCUUCCUGAAAAGUAUUACAGUUUAACCUGGUUUCUCAGUCCUAUCCUGGGUCUCCUCUUCACACCUCUGAUUGGCACAGCCAGUGACCGCUGUAGCCUGCGAUGGGGCAGGAGAAGACCGUUCAUUCUGGGUCUUUGUGUAGGUGUACUGCUGGGAGUGGCACUGUUUUUAAAUGGUUCAUUAAUAGGCCUUUCCGUCGGCGACACUCCCAAUAAGCAUACUAUCGGCAUCGUUCUUACUGUGCUGGGCGUGGUGGUGCUGGACUUCUGCGCUGAUGCCUCAGAGGGACCAAUCAGAGCUUAUCUGCUGGAUGUUGCAGACACAGAUGAGCAAGAUAUUGCGCUGAACAUUCAUGCAUUCUCUGCUGGGCUUGGUGGAGCAAUAGGAUACAUGCUUGGAGGUCUAGACUGGACUGGCACAGCUCUGGGCCAAGCAUUUCAAUCACAGGAGCAGGUUCUCUUCAUGUUUGCAGCCAUCGUCUUUAUUAUCUCUGUCACACUGCACAUGUUCAGUAUCCCUGAGCAGCCCUUCAGUCCAUCAAACCAGGUUAAAGACACAGAAAAUGGGGAUUCUACUGGCCAGGUAUCUUUGAAGCCAGCUGGCCGCACACUGGAUGUAAUUACAGAAGAGGAUGCUUCUGCUCGAGCUCGAUCCAGAGACGACCCUGAAUCAGAUCCUAAGGAAGUGGAAAUUGACUUUCUUGCUGUGGAGCCAGUAAGGAGUAAAAGUGAUUCAGUCUUAGCCAUGCCAGAUGCUACAAUUGAGUUAGAUGCAGACCUUGACCCAGACACACAAAAUUUCUUGCCAGAGACACACUUUCAACCUGAAAUGCAAGAAGAGCUUGAAGAUGUUUUCAAACUAUCAGAUUCCAGUGCUGAAGCCCCACCUUCUUUCGGACCACAACCCCCUCCUGAUGGGAUGGCCGACGUGACGCCUAUAAGUUCAGUUUUAUCUGAACUUAAAGAUUCAGCAAAUGGUCAUCCGUCCUUCCAGCAGACCAACUGGGGCUCAGAGGAUUCCCAGUUGAAACUGCAGGCCAAACCUGCCAAUGGUUCUGAGUUCCCCAGUGUUAUGAAAACCCAUGGCACCAAGCCGGGAAACCAUACAUCCAGUACACGGCCAGGCAGACCCACCUACUACAGACAACCCUCAUUUACCUUUUCAUAUUAUGGUCGAGUUGGAGCACAACGGCAUCGAAUGCGACACACAGGACAUUUCACCCCUCGGCCAAUCACCACGUCCCAAAGUUUGAAUGAUUUAAGCAUCAUCCAGCGGCAUACAGACAGACGACGGUUGCAGCUUUCAGCCAGCAGUGUGUCAUCUGAGGGCUCAAGCAGUGAGGGAGGAACAGACAAGGGUGGGAGUGUACGGCUGCUGUGGUUGUCCAUGUUGAAGAUGCCCAGUCAGCUCUGGAGAUUAUGUGUGUGUCACCUGCUCACAUGGUUCUCCAUUAUAGCUGAAGCUGUGUUUUAUACAGAUUUCAUGGGGCAGGUUAUUUUCCAAGGAGACCCCAAGGCACCAGCCAAUUCCACAGAGCUACAAAAUUAUCACAAAGGAGUACAGAUGGGCUGCUGGGGACUGGUGGUUUAUGCUGCUACUGCUGCUGUCUGCUCUGCCAUCCUUCAGAAGUAUCUGGAUCAUUUUGAUCUCAGCAUUAGGGUCAUCUACAUUCUUGGGACUCUGGGAUUCUCAGUAGGUACUGCAGUCAUGGCAAUCAUCCCUAAUGUUUAUGUUGCGAUGGUGAUGAUCAGUACCAUGGGCAUCAUCUCCAUGAGUAUCUCCUACUGUCCCUAUGCAUUACUUGGCCAGUACCAUGAAAUAAAAGAGUACAUUAACCACAGCCCAGAAAACACUCGAAGAGGUUUUGGGAUUGAUUGCGCUAUUUUAACCUGCCAGGUUUACAUCAGCCAGAUUUUGGUUGCAUCAGCACUUGGAUCUGUGGUAGAGGCAGUUGGCAGUGUGCGUGUCAUUCCCAUUGUGGCCUCUGGAGGUUCUUUCCUUGGCUUUCUUGCAGCUUGUUUCCUUCUCAUUUAUCCUGAUUUGGAGCCCAGCAGCUCAGAGCAGGACGAGGAUUCGGUGGGUUUUCCUGGAGUAGAAGACCAGAAUGCAGAAAAUACCAGUGAGCAGACACAGGCUCUGCUGAAACUCACAAACACAGAUACAGAAACGGAGAGUUUGAAUAAGAUGGAAAACCACUCUUCUACCUGAGCAUGACCAUACAAAGACUUGCUUAGGAUUAUGCUCAUCAAGCAGAAAUCACAGGAUGUGAGGUUUUUACCAAAUGCAUCUACCUGAUUUACAGAUUUUACAUUCUGGACCUUUCUGAAGGAAAGAUCAGAAAAAGAAAAAAAAGACAUGGCGGAAAGUUAGGUCCAUAUUAAGAUAUCAAGGUGGAGCUGAGCUGGAACAAUUAUUUGCUUUGUGUACUAACAGAAAUAAGUAUUUCAGUUUUGAUAUGUUUCAUUUGUCGUACUACCUCAGCUCUAAUGCAAAUAAAUUUCCAGCUGCUUAGAUUUAAAGAAGCCAUUAGAAUACCAAAAGACAAAUGACAGCUAUCUGUUGUGACUGUUGAAAGUAAAUUAGAUGGUACUACUGAAACAAACUUUAUUGAAAAAUGGAUUUAAGAAGCACACAGGGCACUUUCUGUCUCUCUUCUGAAUGCUGAUGCUGCAGAGUAAAGUAAUGUCUGACACUUUACAUCAUAGAAGCUGUUCUAUAACUGCUUAAUAGACAAUCACGAUGCUGUAAAAAUUAUGUGUAUUCCUGCAUUACCUGCAGGCUAAAUACAGAUGCAGAAAACAUUUUCCAAUUUCUUGCUGAAGUGCCUUGAGAUAUUAAUGUUGCUGGCUUUAAUGCAAUGGGAUUCUGUCAUUUAGACAUAGGUCACUUUAGCUCACUCAGUAUUUUGUCAUGUGUGCAUAAGGUUUGUUGCAUUUGUGAAAACUUUUGUUGUCAGUAUUGUCUCUGGCAGAUAAUUGGAAUUCUCUUUGGGCAUCUGAGAGGUUCCAUAAUGCAUAAUGUGUGUCUGUUGUUGACCACACAGACUUUCAGAGUUGUGGAGACUUUUUUGUGUUUACUUGAACGAAAGCAUUUUUUUUAGUCGCACCAUUGAGAUUUUAUCCUCAGUUUUUCAAUUCUGCAAACGAAAUCUAGGCUGUUUUGAACUUGAGUAAGUUCAUGAAAAUCAGGUUCUGUGGCAGAGUUAAAAAUGUGAAGGAAAGCAGACAAGUGAUCAUUGCUGAAAGAGGUUGUUUAUCUUUAUUUGUUAAAUGUCAGGACUGAGAAUGUUUGUAAAAAAACAUCUCUUUAUGUGUGGAAGGCUAUCCUCUUUGAAGAAUAAAAGAAUAAAAAUCCAGCAGUCACACUGACUUCAAGUGAAAGUGUAACAAAGUGAGUCAGCGCUCUUACCCUGAUGAAGUUAGCUAUUUUAGCCGAAACAUCAACAGCAUAGUUAAUUUUUAGCAGUGACUUACACAACACCUUCUGGUGUAUUUAAUAGUGCAAAAAAUGCCAAUUUCAGUUCUAGGUUCAUUUCUCUCACUUUAUACUGUAUCUGAUUCAAAAGUCAGAUGUUUUUUCCUUUCAGAUUUGGACAGCCAUCGCUUUUAACACCUGCCAGUUUGUCCCAAUUUAGCCCCCAGCUUAUCAAUUCAUGCAGUUACCUCCGUGAACAAGUAACUCCCUGUCACAGUCCCUUUCAUAGAGUGCAUUUCUGCCAGCUCCUUUGUAAUCUCACACUCUUUUGUUAUCCCACGUACAAAGAUGAGAAACUGGGCUGUGUUGCGGACCUAACAGCGCUCAUCCCGAACUGAAGUGAAAAGUUAAAAUUGUCUGGCUAAAGCCUCACAUUUUUCACAGUGUCCUUGAUCUGUCUUGUUACUAUUUGCAUAUUUUCAAAUACUUCUUUUAUCUCAGGGCUAAUUAGCCAGGCAGAGUCCACCAAAUACUCUUUGAUAAACUCCUCAUCUGAGAACAUCCUACUAGUGAUGGGUAGACGAGGCCUCGUGAAGCGUUUCAGCACAUUCCCCAAACUGUAUCGAUACUAUGUCGACACAGUGUUGUUGUUUUGCUCCAUACUGACACCUGCUGGACCUUAAAUAUCAUUGCAGGCAACUUACUUGAGACUCACAACAGACACUGAUUCAAUGACCUACUCAUACUUGUAUACUCUGUAAGGUAUUGUACUUUCCAUGGAAUCAUUUUAUAUCUUUUACAUUUCAAAUAUUGUAGGCAUCUUUAAAAUAUAUUGUGAAUGACAUUAAGUGAAAAUGAAAAUGAAAGUAUUGUGAAUGUAAUAUUACCCAUUUAAAUGUAAUUGACUCAGAGUUUAUUAUAAAUUUCUAUUCAGAAAAA